AUGGUCUUGCUGCGGGACGACGUGCCUGAACCCCUGGCCCGCCAGCGCCUCGUCGGCAUCCCGAGGCAUCCUUCAGCACCGCCCCCUCCCACCUUCAUCCACGAGGGUGUGGCCCCGGAAGGCGCCCUCGGUGUCCACCAGCACCGCUCCCGCGUGCCACUGGAAGAGCUCCGGUCGCAGCACCGCGCUGAGUGCGGCAGCGUCAUGCACAAACACGGCAUCCAUGCCGUAGGACGACCUGCGUCCAGUGGGGGAGGGUGUGUAGGAGGGAAUGGAGGGGGAUCCGAGGGCUAG